AUGGUGAAAAGUCUUAAUCUCUCAUGGUGGCCUCGUAGGCCUAGCACCAUUAAUAUUCUAGAUAGAGAAAUAUUAUUAUUCUGCCUUUUGAUCAUCAAUAGUAUUUCCAGUCCUAUCCUAAUUACUUGCUUUGCAGACAAUGGGGGUCCUCUCCAGGAUACCUGUCCAACGUCGACGACGACGACGACGAAGACGACGGGGCAGCUGCAGGAGGAGGAGGAGGGUGCCAUCUUCUUCAUCAAUGGCUUUCCCUGCAAAAACCCAGCAGCCAUCGUAGCUUCUGAUUUCAAGACCUCAGAGAUGAAGCGUGGAGGAGACACAGACAACUUCCUGCGAUCGUCGACGAGCAUCAUCACGGCAAGGGAGUUCCCUGGGUUGAACACCUUGGGUCUCUCUAUUGCCAGAACCGACAUAGACGUUGACGGAAUGGUACAGCCUCAUUCUCACCCCAGGGCCUCUGAGUUGUUGUACGUUAGAAAGGGUGUUGUGGUUGUUGGGUUCGUUGACACUGGAAAGCAGGUGUUUCAGAAGACGCUUCGGGAAGGGGAUGUCUUUAUGUUUCCACGUGGCUUGCUCCAUUAUAGCUUGAAUGCCGGUUUCGAGCUUGCCACUAUCUUCUCCGUUCUCAACAGCCAAAACCCAGGUGUGGUCAGCAUCACUGAUGCCAUGUUUGGACUAGUACUACUGGAUGAGGCGGACACCAGCACCACCUAUAAUGUGCUAGAGCGGCUGCUGCUGAUGAUGAAUAAUAAGUAG